AUGCGGUUGACCGUCACUUCGCCGUUGAGACCUAGGGCUGAGAGAUUGGAUUGUGGAGAGAGCAGAGAGCAGAGAGCAGAGAGCAGAGAGCAGAGAGCAGAGAGCAGAGAGCAGAGAGCAGAGAGCAGAGAGCAGAGAGCAGAGAGCAGAGAGCAGAGAGCAGAGAGCAGAGAGCAGAGAGCAGAGAAGAUGAGAAGAAGAGACGAGAAGAGGAGAGAAAAUUCGAUGUUGAUUUAG